AGUGUGCGAUACAGAGAAAGGAGCUGAAUGUAUCCUGGGCUGACUGUAUCAGGAUACCAGUGUCUGUCUGUCUGUCUGAGUCUAUCAGUGUCUGUCUGUCUGAGUCUAUCAGUGUCUGUCUGACUGCAACAAUAGCUGUCUAUUUGAGGAGAGCUUCCUUCAGUAUCAGGGGGAUCCAGACGAAGUGACCCCAAACGAAAUGUCCAGUCUCAUACUCUUUGUCCUGCCCUUGCUCCUUGGGACUGUGGCCCCUUCUCCUGCCAGGUGGGCCCCAGACGGUGAGGAUGUUCUGAUGGAGGUAGAUGUUUCUCCCAUGGAACCUGCCUUCAAUGUUGGAGCUGAGAAGGACAGCCUGAAUGAGAUGUUCCGGGAGGUGGAGGAGCUCAUGGAAGACAGUCAGACCAAGCUGCAGAAUGCUGUUAGAGAGAUGGAGGCUGAAGAUCUGUCCGCAGCAAGAUUACCAAUUGUGAACAUGAAAGAUUUGCCGCCGAAUUACCAUAACGAAUCUAGAACAGACACUAAAAUUGGAAAUAAAACCGUUCACACUGAGCAGCAAAUUCUAAAGGCAACAGAUAAUCAAACAGGAUCCACUUUCUAUGCAGAGUCUGUAUUCUCGUCAGUGAGAAACAAAAAGAAUUACGAGUGUAUUGUCGAUGACGACUGUCAGAAUAGGACUUACUGUCAUUUCGAAAAAUCUCAAUAUAAAUGUCUUCCAUGCAGAAAUGAAGGCACAUGCAUGCGAGAUGGUGAGUGCUGUGAUGGGCAGCUGUGUGUCUGGGGCCAGUGCACCAUGUCAACAAAGGGAGCAAGUGGCACCAUCUGCGAGAGCCAACAGGACUGCAGUGCCGGACUCUGCUGCUCCAUUCAGUCAAGUCUUUUAUACCCGGUCUGCGCCCCACUGCCAGUGAAGGGCGAGCUUUGUCACAACCCAGUUCACCAGCUUUUGAAUGUUCUCAGCUGGAAUUUGCAAAGUGACGGGGUGCUUGAUCUCUGCCCAUGUUCCAGUGGAUUAGUGUGCCAGUCUCAAAGUCAUACUUUAGUGUCCGUUUGUGAAGAGCUGCCGCAAGACAUUGACAGGAGGGCGAAUCCUGAGGAGCUAAUAGAGGACUUUCCCUUUGUCAGCUUGCUACCACAGGAAGAAUUAAAUUACGAAGACAGUUACUCUGUGACAACUGGGUCCAGCCCGACUGCAGACUAUCACAUGCCAGAAAUGUAUCCUGAUGUUCUCAGCCAGGACGAGAUCUGAGGAACGCGUUGGAUACCUACAGACUGUAAUAGAACAGGGUAAAAGACUGUUACCGCCUCCCUCAUGCAGUGGAUUGCUCUAUAUUCUCCAACAUGCGUUGAUUAACCCUUUAAGAGGGCAGCCUUUAUGAUUUCUCUUCUCAGAAGGAAGUUACUUUUUUUUUUCUAGUUGCCAAUCAAUUUUAUGGUUUGUGUCUACCUUUUUUUUUUUCUUCUUGCUUACAAGAGGGGGACUAUUUACAUACACAUUCUUAAUAGAAAGAAAACAAAAUCGGUGGCAAUGUUUUAAAAAGUGCCAAGAUUGCUAUGGAAUAAAUAAAAUAAUCAGGAUAAUUUAAUUGUUUCCAAGGCACUGCUCUACUUUUAGAACUUUUCACAUUACCAAUCUGUAUAACACGAACACAUACCUUCACUAUCGCCUACUGUAGUAAGCAGUGAAUGGCUGUUGGCGAAUUACAGAUUAAAGGCAUACAAUUUCCUCCUGCCAUCAUUCUUCUUAUAUUAUUUUUAUAGUGAUAGUAAUGUGGGACCCUUAAGUAACCAGGUAUGUAUAAAGUAGGUUUCUAAAUGGAGAGAUAAUUAAAGAGUCCCUGAUCAUGUCACCCAAGGCAACAUUUUGUGUAUGAAAUGAAACUGAUGGUUGUUAGGCAGGAUCCCAAUGGCCACAGUACUGAAUCAGCAAGUGACUGUCAACCUCUGGCUCCCUAAUCAGUUAGGGAGCUUAUUAACCAAACCGUGAAUUUAAUGAAAUGUAAAGAUUUAGACUUGGG